AUGUAGUAGGCUCAAUUUAGUUAGUAGCAGCAAAUAUAAUAACAACAGUAACAAUAAUAGCCUUAGCAACAGCAAUAGCAAUUACAAACAAAUCUGCAGCCAACGAUGCAGAAUGUAUAAAAUUCUUAGUAUAAUCAAUCGCCGUACAUCGGUGUUGAAUUACCACACUUGUAUUUGAAGAAAGCAAAACCUUUCAGCCAAAUUUCUACUACUGCUACUCCUCAAACAAAUUCAUCAUUUGCUCAUUAAUUUCCAUCACCUGCCUUAUUAGCAAAUGCAAAUAGUAUUAAUAAAAAUAGCAGCAGCAAUAGUGCUUGUAUUUAGAUAUAAAAGCUAGAAUCUACGCCUACUCCUUAAUUAUUUAAAUAAAUUUCUACGACUCCAUUGCUGCUGUCUUAGACUUCUUAAUCCGCUAGUGUUCCUUUAGUAAAUUUAACUCCUCCAAAAUCACAUACAAAAGAACAAAGUAAAUUCAAAGGAAAUGUAAAAGAAAGUGAUGUUAAAAUGAAAAAAAAAGGUUCUAAAAGCAAAAAGCAGGAAGAAUCAGCUGGAACUUCAAAGAGAGUUCCAAUUAUGUAAUAAGUUGGAAGAGGUAAAAGUUAGCCUAUCACAGCAAAUUAUCAGAUAGAAUAAACGGCAAAAUAAAAUUUUAAUAUACAUAGAAGUCCUCUUACUCCAAAUUUUUUAUCUAACUAAUUGAUAGAAGCGGAUUUAUUUUCUAAAAAAGGCAAUAAAUCAGUUAAAAAAGGGAGUCCUUCUAACAAAAAUUAAAAUAAAAACUAUCAAACAAUGCAAGCUCCUGCUUUCUCAAAUAAUAUGCAAGGAGGAAUGAUAGAACUAGCCCUUAAAAAUAAAUCUACUUAAAAGAAAUAAUCUAAAAAUAACUUUUUAGAUGAUAAAUUACAAGAUGAUUAAAAAACACUAGAAUCAAAACAAUCUUAUUUGCUUAAUUAUGAACAUCAAGAAAGCGUGGCGUAAUUUUUACCCUCAUUUAAUGGAAUGAAGACUCCUUUUUCUUAAUAGUUUUAAUCAUAAAAGCACAUUCAACAACAUCAGUCUGUAUAAUAAUAGUAGUAGUAAAAUAUGCCACCUUAAAUUUAUCAAUAAAUAUAAACAAAAUACGCAGAACCUUAAGAUUACAAUUUAUAUUAAAAAACCAGCUACAAUAAUUUUUAGAUUAAUCCUGCUCAUGUAUCACUUCAGUAAUAUUAGCUAAAAUAACCAAAUUAAUUUUCAUAGUAUUAAUCUAUAAUUCCAAACUACUUUGAGAGUUAGUAGUAGUUCAAAGAAGUCAAUCUUCUCACUUCUUCUGUCUCUUCCAAUUCUUCUGGGUAGAUGGCCAAUUAAUCAGAAAAUUAACAAAGUACUGCUUAAAACAGUGAAAAAAAGCUAAAUGCUAAAAACAAUUCCUAAAUAUUUAAUACAAUUAAUUUAUAAGCAAAUAAAAAUUUGAUUACUAGUCAAAAUUAAUCAAAAAAGUCUAACAAAAAAAACUCGCUCGCUAAAUCUUAAACUUUUUAUAAAAAUACCAAUCAAUAAUAAUAAGGCAUAUAUAAUUAGAAUAGACUCUAAAAUCCUCAAGAAAAUUACUUAUAUUACUUAGAAUAGAACAAUGAUAAACACGAAGUAAAAGAAGAAGAAGAUGAAGAAGAAGAGGAAGAAGAAGAGGAAGAUGAUGAUGAAGAAGAGGAAGUAAUCGAUUAAAUUAAAUAACAAUAAUAAUAAUUUAUGCAUGAAAACAAUAACAAUCAUCAAAUCAAUAAAUAAAAUAAAUGGACUCAUUUAUUUAUUGGUUAAACGAAUAAAUAAUCUGCAAAUAAAUAAAUACAGUAAAAUAUUUAGCAUAAUUAAAUGCAAUAAACUUUAUAGCAAAGCUAAAUAUAGUAAAAUUUAUAACAUGGAUAAAUGCAAUAAAAUUUAUAGUAUAAUUAAGCACUUUAAAACUUACAACAGAGCUAAAUACAGUCGAAUUUAUAGCCUAUUUAAGAUUAAAAUUUAUAUAGUUAGUAUAAUAGUGACGAUUUUUAAGAGGAAGAUGAACACGAGAAUUAACUUCAAAAUAUUCGAUUUUACAGUGAAAAAAAUUUUCCUCUUUAUUAUGACUAACACUUAUAUUAAUUAUACUAGCAGGGUUAAAAUAUUACUAUUAAUCCAAAUUAAAAUGGAAACUAAGUCUAUGAAAUAACAGAAGGGGAAGAUGAUGAAGACGACGAUGAAGAGGAAGAGGAAGAGGAAGAAGAAGAUGAAGAAGAAGAAACAGAAGAGUAGGAAAAUAAAUAAAUUAUUUUUAUGGGAAACAGGCAAAAUGAUAUUUAUUUUAGGAAUAAUGAGUAAGAAGAAUAAGAAGUGAGUGAAGAGGAUCAAGAUGAGGAUGAUGUAGACUACGAUGACGAAAGCUAGUCUAGAGUCAAAAAUAAAAUAAAUAAAAAUAGAUUGUUUGAAGAUGAUGUUGAAAAUUAAUUUUAAUCAAGUGAUUUCGAUGCUUAAAAAAAUGAUAUGAAAAUGUAUAAUUAAGCUGAAUAUCAAUAAACAAGGAUUAACAUGGGGAGUAAAAACAAUCUAUCAGUUGAUAAAAUAAAUUCCUUAACUUAAGUAAAUACCUCAAACUAUGAUCAAAUGAAGUCUCUAAUCUCCCCAAAAAGCAGAGUAAGUUCCUACUAACAAUUUAGCACUCUUAAAUUUCAGAAAAGCAAUAGUAAUAAUAAUUAAAUGAGAAGCAAUACAAGUCUUGGUGAAGAUGGAAACAACUAAAUUGAACUAGAAAUGGAUGACGAGGAAGACUCUCACUUGACCAGCUUUGCUAAUAAUAAAAAUCCAUCAAAUAUCCCAAACUUGGUCAAUAAAUAAACAAAAUUUAAGAAAAAAUCAAAUACAAUAAGCUCAAGAGGAAGCUAUGUUAGCGAGCAGGAGUAGAUGUAAGAAGGAAAUAAAAUUAUGCAAAAGAACCCUUCUUAAUUUUUACAAACAUCUUAGGGAAUUUAACAAAACCAAAAUUUCAAUUUACCUGUUACUAUCAGAAAUAACUCUAAAAAAAAAUCGAAAACUGCCAAUUUUUAACCUUAGCAUUAAAUUCUUUACCAAAACUUCAAUAAAGAUGCGUUUUAAGCAGGAGUUGAGAUUAAUAAUGAAUACUUUCAAGGCAAUCAAGUAGGAAGUAUUAUCUUUGCUUAGUAACAACAAUAAGUUUAAUUCAAUAACUGUAACCAAUAUAAGUUUAAUAUUCAAAAUGUUAAUAUUCAGCAUCCUGGAAAUGUUUCUUAAAUUAUUGAUAAUCAGAAGAUAUUAUUCAAAAAUAAUAACUAGAAUGAAAACAUGAAAGUUAAUUAAAGCGAUAUUAAUUUACAACAUCAAAUUAAAGGAUUUGAUUAAAUUUACGAGGUUAAUGAUGUUAAUAAUUCUAUAAUUGAAAAAUAAGUGCCAGAGCCUCCACCUCCUGCUGGUUCUCAAUAUUCUAAACACGAGAUUUAGUAGGUAAACAAUAUAAUUAAUUAUACUCAUAAAAACUCAUUUUCAUCUUCUGCUUCAAAAGUAAAUACCAAUCAAAACUCUUUAAAAAAUUUGGAACAGAAUAACAACAAUAAUAACAGCAAGAGAGGCUCUUUUUACACUCUUUAAAGCGCCUCUAACAAUAAUAACCAAAUAAUUGAUGCUAAAUCAAAAGUUAAGUUGAUGCAUUUGUCUUCUGCAGAAGUCACACCCUAGGGUUCUCAACUUGGAAACACUCCUCAAAAGGGUAUUAUUAACCUAAAUAACUUUACUAUUUCUCCUAGACUUUACGGAAACGAUCAGAUAAAUAACACAUAGAUAACAUAAAGUAUCCUAUUUAUUCCUCAACAAUUUAACUAACUAAAACGAGAUUAGUUCUUUUUAGAAGACUAACAAGAUAAUUUAAAGUCAUACUUAGCAAACAAAAACAAAUAACAGCUGAAAAAGAAGUAAUCAGACGAUACAACUAGCAUUACUAACCAUCUUUCAAACUCUCCAAACAACAACAACAACAACAAUAAUACUUAAAAUAUUUAAGUACAACAGAAAUUAUAAAGUUAGAAUAAGAAAAGCAAAAAACAUAAGUAAAGCAAAAGCUGUGUUAAAAUUUGCAUGUCUACUGUACUUUUGGAUAACAACACAAACAAUGAUGAUAAUAAAAAUACAAAAUAAAGAGUUUACAGUUAGCAACCUUAUUUGGAAGACCCUCAAAUUAAAAAGAAAUGGGUUUUAAGUAGAGCCAGUAAAAUGCAAAUUGAUCCUAGACUAGCUAAUUAGCUUAUUGAAGAGAUAAAUUUAUAUUAGCAUUCUAAAGAAGUCAUCUUAGAAAAACUCAUUCAAAGUAUUCUCUCAUAUUAAACGCUUAAAGGAAAGCUUAAAAAGAAGGAUAAUAACAAUGAAGUUUCUGUUGUUUAGGCUGCUAAAAACAGAACAACUUAAAUUUUCCGCUCAGUUUCUCAACUCUUCACAAGCACAAGUAACUCGAACCCAUCAUAGCAAGAAAUAUAGCAGAAAAUGAUGCAAAGAAUGGUUAACAAUGGCACUUAAGCUGCAGUAGCGACCACGUUAAAUAACAGGACUACUACGAAUGACAAUUAAGUUACUUGUGAAUAAGAAGACUGCACUCGCUAUGAGAAAGAUUACAUUUAAGAGAAUAACUCAUAUGAAGAUGAGAAAAAGGCAUAUGCAAAAAACACAUAAGUACACAAUUAUAAAGAUAUCAUUCAAACAACAAUGGCUACAACUACUGCAGCAGGUCAAUUAAGUGUUUAUAACAAUAACUCACAUAUUCAUAGUAUUAAUAAUUUGCCUAAUUCAUUUAUUAGCAAAAAGGCAAAUUACUUAAAAGGAACAAGCAAUGAUAAGAAUAAUACAAUUAACACUUUGUCAUCAAUAAAUAAUCUGCCUAGUGCAAGUAAUCAAGCUCUUAAAGCUAUUUCUAAUGUAUCAUACAAUAACGCAGUUAAUCAUUCAACUUGUCCUAACUCUGUCAAUAUAAUUAGUGAUAACAACAUUCCAGGCGCAAUUAUUAAUGGAUCUAUAUGCAGUUCGUCUAAUAUCCAGUUAGUAUAAUAAAAUUCUUAAUAAGUUUCUUUGUUUUCACCAAACCAAAAAGACAAAACAAUACGCAUUAAAAAGAGCAAUAAAAACAUAAACUAAUUUGAUAUGUCUAACAACUAGCAAUAAUCAAUCAUCUUAGAACAAGAUGGAUAGAAGCAUAAAAAAGUUAACGCUCCAAUAAGUUAUUAAUAAAUCGGUAGCGAUAAACAAGCUUAACACAAAAAAAAAGAAAUAAGCAAACAUCAUAACUUCAAUACAAAGAUGAUGGAUUUAAGUUCAAUAUCAGUAUCAAUAGAUCCAAUUCAUGCUAUUGUCACUCCAAAAUUGCCUAAUAAUUCUAAAAAAAGUUUGAUUUCAUCUUAAAUUAAUGCAAACAAAGAAUCAAAGAGCUUAGAAUACAAACAAAACCCUUAGACAAUAAGUGCUUAUGUUCAAGCAGUUCUUCCAUCUUAGCAAUCUUCAAAAUUAGCAGAAUUUCAAAUCAACCAAAGAGAGCAAAGCUUUAGUUUUAAUAAUUAAAAUAUUUGUCCCAUAUGCUAACACGAAACUUAGUUGUUUGCUCUAAACUAUAAAUGUGAGCAUAAAUUUUGUAUGUACUGCAUAAGGUAAUAUAUAGAAAAUAAAAUCUAUAACAAUGAUGUCAUGAAAAUAUUUUGUCCCUACAAAAAUUGUAGAUUCAAACUUCGUUCAGAACACUUAAAGCCAUACAUUUCACAAGAGAUGUUUGACAAAUUUAAAGCUCUCAGAAAAAUAGUAUUUAAAAGGAUGAAUCCUAAUGUCAGAUAUUGUACAAGAGCUGAUUGUGAUGGCUACAUGAUAGGAGACGAAGAGCAUCCAAAAUUAACAUGUAAAAAAUGCUUUUAAGAAGUUUGUUUUCACUGCUGCAAUAACUGGCAUCAAGGUUUAAGGUGCGACUAAGCAAUUUUAGAAGAAGAAACGGAAGACGCUUAAAAAGAAAUAGGAAAGCAAACAUGUCCAAUGUGUAAUUCAAAGUUAAAUAUCCUCUAAUAAAUUGAUGGAGUCUAAUACUCUAAUAAAAUAAUGUGUUCUGCUUGCAACAAACCUUUUUGCAAUCUUUGCCGCAGAUAAUGUGGAUAAUUUCACUUUGCUCCUUGGAACAUUUGUUAUGGAUGUCCAGGUUAAAAAUACAGUCUAGAAGAGCCUCAAUGCUGUGAAAAAUUCUGUAUAUUUUUAUGGGGUGUUAUGAAAUUGAUGAUGUACAUUUUCCUUUCAGUGAUUGGAUUAGCUCUUUAUCCAUUUAUUGUAGCUAUUGUUAGUUUAUUUAUGCCUUUGAUUAUCUAUGCUUAUUUCAAAGGAAAUAGAUUGUAAUAUAGUGGAUUUAAAAAAUAUUUGCUAUUAUUUUCCUUGUUUCUCUUAGGAAUUAUUUUAUAUCCAGUUUGGCUGCUAAUUACAUUUAUACCAGGGACAUGUCUAUUUUUCAAAGAUAUGUAUCAAGAAAAGCGGCUCUAUGGAAAUGAAAUUGAUGCAUCAUAAGUAAAUCAAUGA